AUGGUCUGGCCUUUCUCUUCCAGCAAAUCGGCGGAUGCCUCCUCGUCGUCUGCACCAUCGCAGCCUGCAUUUGAAGCCGUCGCGCCUGCACCCGUAGACACCACUGUCAACAACAACAACAGCAGCCCAGCCUCGGACAGCCCUACCGACUAUCUCCGCAGCCAUGCUUUCCAGCAGCCCUCCUCUCCAUCAUCAUCAUCUACAUCAUCCACAUCAACCUCUGGCGCUGAAUACGUCCCCAACGCCGCCUCCCUCCUCGGCGAUACAUCGCUCAACCUCGGCGCGCUCUCGCCGCUCGCAGGCCUUGGUAAGGACGAUCUCGAGUACCUCGACUUGACCGAUGGUGCACCGUCGAGCAUGGAGGGCGCACGAACCGCCGUCCCCUCCCGAGGUUGGUCCGACGAUCUCUGCUACGGUACAGGCACCACCUACCUAUCCGGCCUCGCCAUCGGUGGUCUCCUCGGCGCAAGGGAAGGCUUCUUCCGUCCUCUUGGCGUCGACAACCCUACGUUCCGUCUGCGACUCAAUGCCGUGCUCAACCAGGUCACCCGACGUGGCGCCUUCUUCGGCAACUCGGCAGGUGUCGUCGCUCUCAUCUACAACCUCGUCGAUGCCUCCAUCGAUGGCGUUCGAGGCAAGCACGACAUUUACGGUGCCGUAGCCGCCGGUGGCUUGUCCGGCGCUCUCUUCAAGUGCACCGCUGGUGUGCGUCCCAUGGCAGUUGCAAGCACCAUCAUGAUGGGCGCCGCUGCCACAUGGACCAUGGCCAAGCAGUCUCUCCUCUAA